AUGGCAGAAUUGAAAAUGACUGAAUCGGAAUCGAAAAGCAGUUACGAGGAGCAAUUUACAACAGCAACACUAACACCAACGCCUAAGGACCAGUAUCCCAUCGGCCUGUCGAGGGCAUUCGAUAGAACUUUAUCCACAUUACCGAGUUAUGAUCAAAUGAAAAGAACCAAUAAUUUACCAGAUUUUCACGUGAAAAUAGUUAUUGUAGGUGAUGAAGGUGUCGGAAAGACUUGUCUACUGAUAUCUUACGUCCAAAGGGAGUUCCCAACGGGUGAUAUACCCACUGUAUUCGAGAAUUAUGUUACAGAUUUUGAAGGACCUGACGGGGAAGUUGUUGAGUUAGCUCUAUGGGAUACAGCUGCGCAAGAGGACUAUAAUAGGUUGAGGCCGCUUUCAUAUACAGAUGUUGAUAUACUUCUGGUUUGUUAUUCUGUUGCUAACCCUACAUCUUUGAAGAAUAUCAAGAGGAGUUGGAUUCCUGAAGUUAAACAUUUUUGUUACAAGACGCCGGUUAUAUUGGUUGGCUUAAAAUCAGAUCUCUAUGAUUCCAACGAGAAUACAGACACUCUUGUGGACCCAAAGGAAGCAGAACAGUUAGCUGAAAAGCUGGGUGCAUUAGCUCACCUUCAAUGUUCGGCCAAGACGAGGCAGAAUGUAGAGGAUGUGUUUACCGUUGCAAUAAGAACGGUUCUAGCGGGUUCAUUAUAUGCAGGGAAGCAUUCUAAUACAAACUCUUUAUUGAAGAAAACACUACUAAGAUAUUCUGGCAAAAAGAAAGGUCCUACCCCAACUGGAAUUAAGGAAAGUAGUAGUACAGAUACGUUAGAUAAAGACGAAAGGACUAAGAAUCCCAAAUGUAUCUUAAUGUAA